UGAGGAGUGAUCCCCGCGGAUCGGAGAGCACUUCUAUUAAAAACGAACAAUGCAAUGGGAACAUUGAAUUUUGUCUGAAACAUAUUACGCCUAAAUCAGGACUUUGUAAGCGAGUAAAUUAAAACUGCAGUCAUCUUACAGGUUUGUCUUAGUUAUCUCCAGACAGAAUUCUAAUCUACUGUUUUAGUGUCAGCGUUGUCUCAGAGCAAAGAUCUCAUGUUCCAUUUCAACGUUAAUCCUAAAUCUACACCAGGCUCGACGGGAAGGGUGCGGUUUGCGUCGUGUUUUACAUGAAACUGUGAACAGGAAAACCCUUCUUGAAAGAUGGAACGUGGCGGACAGAGGGGCGGCUAUCAAGGUUGGAGGGAUAGAAGGGGGCGAGAAGGCCACCGAGGGGGACGAGGAAGGGGUGGAGGGAGAGGAAAUGACAGAGGAGAAGGGAGAAGGGAUAGAGAUGAAGAUGGAGGAGAUUGGAGAAGGGGAAGAAAUGAAGACGGAGGAGAUUGGAGAAGGGGAAGAGGAGCAGGAAGAGGAGCAGGAAGAGGAGGAGGAGGUGGUGGUGGAUGGAGAGGCAACCGUCCACGAGGAGAAGAUCGUGAACACAACGAUGGCGGAGAUGACGAAAAUGGGAACCGUCGUGGUGUAUCUCACCAAGACCAACAAAGGAGACCUCGUACAGUGCAUCCACUAGGCUACAAAGCAUUGGAAUCGCUCCUUUCAAAAGACCCAGAUGAGGCAGCUCAAGAACUAGGUUCUCUGAAACAAGGUCUUGGCAAGCUUCUAGAUAUGUCGGAUAUACGUUAUGACCUGAUAUCACUAUUGCUUCAGGUCUAUCACCAUGUCUGCCAGGCACAGGUGUCCAAUGAAACUAUCAAUAUGCUUUUAGAUAUGCUCGGAAGAAAUGGCUUCAUUAGCAGACAUCUCACUCUCCAUCUUAUCGCGAUGCGUACAGAAAGGAGUAGCACCAAACUACGGGUCAUGCCCCGAUCCAUUAAGGACAUUGCUCGAGUCUUGUCAGAGCUGCAGCAACGUCUACCGAGUUACCUUACAGAUGUGGAAGUUGCUGCAACACUCCUUGAAGACGCUGUCAAAUAUGCAGAGAAAAGGAACAUAAUUGUCGAUGACACAGUCCAAGAAGAGGUACGGCAACUUAUAAGAUUUCAUGAUGCAAUUCAACAAGAAAAGCUGAAGAAGCAACGUACCGACACCGAACCCAAAGAACCCCCGCCCGAUAACUUCCGUGAACUCAGUGUGUUUCCAACCUCCGACGAAUUGACAGAUAAUUCUCUUCGUACUUACCUUCGAGCAAACAUAAUAAAGGGGAAAUACGAGAGCGUUGAGCAUUAUCUCGACGUUCAAUUCCGUCUUCUUCGCGAAGACUUUGUCCUUCCACUAAGAGAAGGCAUAAGUGAGUACAAGAUAUCCACAGCUCGUCCAGGGAAGCGAGACAAACGCUUUCAAGACAUUCGUCUGUACUACGAUGUAACAUUAGAUGAACCACUCUAUUCCCAAAGCGGAGUUACAUUCAGAAUUCACUUUGAUGAGACAAAGCUUAAAGGUGUUCGUUGGCAAUCAUCGAAGCGAUUGAUCUAUGGUUCACUCGUCAUCUUGUCACCUGAUGAUUUUAAGACCCUCGUCUUCGGUACAGUUGCAAACCGAAAGCCUGAUGAUUUGGCAAAAGGUUUCAUAGAAAUUAAACUGGAAAGGGACGAGGAAAUUGCAGAGAUAUUCACUGAAAAGACAUUCAUAAUGGCAGAGUCUUCCGCUUACUUCGAAGCUUACAGACAUGUCCUGAGCCGCAUACAAUAUGUCACUGAGCAGUCACUACCCCUAACUGAUUACAUUAUAUCGGCAUCACCAAUGGUACAUGCACCUGCUUACAUACGGAACAACGUGUCCAUCGAAUACGACCUAUCACCCCUCGUCUCUGAUGACGUUCCUCACGCAAAGCAAACUGCAAUGCGUAUGAAGAACGUGAGGAUUCUUGAUGAUCGCGAAUGGAAAAGGCUAGGAAACACUGGCCUUGACGAAUCUCAGCUUCGCGCCGUAAAAGCAGCGCUGACUCAAGAAAUGACAGUCGUACAAGGCCCACCUGGCACUGGGAAAACUUACAUUGGGUUAAAGAUAGUACACACUCUUCUCCAAAACAAGCAUAUUUGGAAGGAAGAUCGAGAUUUUGCACUUGCCGGAACUACACGGCGAACGAACAAACCAAUCCUUCUCGUUUGCUACACAAACCACGCUUUAGAUCAAUUUCUGGAAGGGGUUGCAUCGUAUAAUAGUGACGGAAUAGUUAGAGUUGGAGGUCGAAGUUCCAGUGAGGCUCUGAAGCGAUUCAACUUAAAUUCACUCAGGAGCUCAAAGCUUCGGGAAGAGACACCUCGACAUGUGAGACGAAGGAUCGGUGAGGUUCGUGGAGAAAUCGAAAGUCUAGGGAGAGAAGUCAAAGGCCUUCAAGACAAGAUUAACCAAACAAGGAAAGGUCUUCUUCAUGAAAGAGUCCUCAAGAAGCACAUGACCGACGCACAAGAACAAAGUCUCAGUCAAGGUAACUUCUCUAUGAUAAAAGGCCAGUCCCUUUUGGUACAUUGGCUCCUUGGUGAUGUACAGAUGGGAUUUGUAACUGGUGACCUCGAUAUUCGUGAAUAUCAGGAAGCGCAAGAUGAAGAAGGAGAUGAUGAAGGAGAACAGCUGGAUAUCUUAGAAGAUGCAGAUAUUCUUGAAGAGAUGAGACGCCUAGAUGUUGACGACUUACGAAAUAGAAUAUUCACAGGAGAUACCAAUGUCAACUUCGAUGAUGAUACUUUGGCAUUCAGACUUAACGAUAUUGACAACCUGGAAGCCGGAGAGUGGCACCAGGACAGAAGGCAAUUAAAAAACAGAAAGCGCAACUUAGAGAGAAAGCUGAGGAGCAAUGAAAGAAUGGACGACCAAGAGGCGCGAGCAGUUAGGAACAUUUGGCGUCUUGAAGAAGCAGGGCGAUGGAGACUGUACCGAUAUUGGGCCCACUUACACCGCAAUGAAUCUCACUAUCAGCUCGUGGAAAUGCAACGACGUUUCACGAAAGUUUGUCAGGAACUCCGCGAGGCUCGCAGCCAAGAAGAUUUUGAGAUACUUAAAAAUGCUUCAGUCAUAGGUAUGACAACAACUGGAGCUGCAAAGUUCCAUAUGCUUCUUCAAAGAAUCCAACCGAGAAUAACUGUAGUCGAGGAAGCUGCAGAGGUAUUAGAAGCCCACAUCGUGACUGCAUUGACCGAGUCAUGCCAACAUCUCGUUCUGAUCGGAGAUCACCAACAACUUCGGCCAAGUCCUACUGUCUUCAAGUUAGCUACGCAGUAUCACCUGGACAUAUCUUUAUUUGAACGUAUGAUAAAUAAUGGAGUUCCUCACCAGCAACUGAUCCUACAACAUAGAAUGAGACCUGAAAUUUCCCGCCUCAUGAGGAUGGAACGAUUGUACCCAUAUCUUAAAGAUGCGAAUUCUGUGAAGAGAUUCGACGAUAUCCUAGGUGUUACAAAGAACAUCUUCUUUCUUCACCAUGAAAAGGAAGAAGACUCUGUGGAUGAAAUGAAGAGUCACUCAAACAUUCACGAGGCCAAAUUCUUAGUAGGGCUUUGUAGGUAUUUUUUGCAGCAAGGAUACCUACCAGAGCAGAUCACCAUCUUGACGACAUAUUCUGGUCAACUCUUUGCCUUCAAGAGGAGGAUGAAAAAGACCGACUUUGAAGGCAUCAGGGUUGCUACUGUUGACAACUUUCAAGGAGAAGAAAACGACAUAAUUCUACUCUCUCUCGUUCGCAGCAACAAGGAGGGAAGCGCUGGUUUCUUGAAGAUCGACAACAGAAUCUGUGUAGCGCUCUCAAGAGCAAGAAAAGGGCUCUACUGCAUUGGAAAUUUUAAACUCCUUGCAGAACAGAACAUUACAGGGCAAAGCUUGUGGAGAGAAAUCGUAAAGGAUGCUGAGGUGUAUGGCAACAUUGGGAAGACCUUGAAACUCCAGUGCAGAAACCAUCCUGGGACACAGAAUGAGGUAUCAAAUGAAGAUGAUUUCGCGAAAGUCCCGGAAGGCGGAUGUUCUCUACCAUGUGAGGCGCGUCUUAUCUGUGGUCAUGUUUGUCGAAUGCCAUGCCACCCUUCGGACAUGAACCAUGAAAACUACAAGUGUCGUCAAAAGUGUACGAAGAUUAUCUGUACGUCGGGUCAUAGAUGUAUGAAGCUGUGCUACCAGCCUUGUGAUACUCAAUGCCAACGAAUGGUCAACAAGGAACUGCCUUGUGGCCACUCCCAGAAAGUGCCCUGCUCCAAAAAUGCAUCAAAUGUUAUCUGCGAAUCGCAAUGCCGUAGGAUAUUGGAUUGCGGGCAUCGAUGCAAGGAGCCAUGUGGAAAGAAAUGUACAGAGAAAUGUGAGGAAAUGGUUCGUCAAUCUAACUGGCCCUGUGGUCAUAAUGUCAAAGUCAAGUGCUCUGAUGGUCCCGAGUCUUGUCCAGCACCUUGCUCAAAGAUGCUGAGCUGCGAGCAUCAGUGCAGGGGUACGUGCGGAAAGUGCCAUCAAGGACGUCUUCAUGCAUUCUGCAGAGAAAAAUGCGAUCGCACACUUGUUUGCGGACAUCCAUGCCUGUCGACAUGUGCUGCAGAUUGCCCACCAUGUACAAGAAAGUGCGAUAACAGAUGUCAACAUAGUAAAUGCAAGAAGAAAUGUGGAGAACCAUGUGUCCCCUGUGCAGAGAAGUGCACCUGGUGGUGCCAACAUUUCCGCUGUCGGGCAGAGUGUGGACAACCUUGCGAUAGACAACCGUGUAAUGAACCUUGCACAGUCAAGUUAAAGUGUGGCCAUCCUUGCAUUGGACUCUGUGGCGAACCCUGCCCCAAGAAGUGCAGAAUCUGUGAUAAGGAUGAAGUGACAAGGAUCCUGUUUGGCGACGAAGAUGACGAUGAUGCUCGAUUCGUGGAGUUAGAAGAUUGCAAGCACGUGAUUGAAGCAAAUGCUCUUGACCAGUGGAUGAAGACGGACACCGGAAGUGAUAACACAUCAGGGACAAUUUCCAUCAAGUUGAAGGAAUGUCCUUGGUGCAAAAAACCAAUACGGCGCAACCUCCGAUACGGAAACACCAUUAAACAAGCCCUUAAUGACAUAAACGCUGUGAAAAGAAACAUCUUUGGAAACGAAACUACAAUAUACUAUCUCCGACAGUCACUUCGUGAUAAGCUGAGUCUCGAAGUAGAGACCAUGGGUAUGUUAGCAACCUCAAAAGAUGGGAACCUAUUCCCUAGAGAAACAGAUGCCCAUCGAUUCUACAGUAUGAUCAAUUCGACUUCUGCUUUGAGCCAUGGGGAAGUUACCGCCUUAAAAAACAGAGUCGCGUUCUUGGAGGAAUUGAGAAAACAGUCCAAACGCCUCAAAUCACUACCAUCCUCAUCUAAAAAUAAGUUGCACAUGAAACAGGUGAAGGAUGAUAUACAAGUCCUUCAGAAGUGGUUGUGCCAGGAGCCAAUCAACAGGAUGUCCCAACAGCAGACCAAUGAUGCCAACAUGGAAGCAAAAAGACACGAGCUAGCCUUAAAGCUCUUCAAGAUCCUAGCCGCGAAACCAGCUGCUCGUGAAAAGGCUAGAAAAGAGGUGAAGGACACCGAAGAGGAACUCUUUGGUGGGAAGGUCAUGACUGCCGAACGAGCUCAUACAGUAAACCGACUCCUCACAGAGAUCGUUUCUAAGUCCGGCGCACUAGGAAUUACUGAGAAGGAGAGAAAGCAAAUCGUCUCGGCCAUAGGUCUCGCGAAGGGUCAUUGGUACAAAUGUCCCAAAGGGCACGUCUACGCCAUUGGUGAAUGCGGGGGCGCCAUGCAGGCUGCCAAGUGCCCGGAGUGUGGUUCAAAUAUAGGAGGCACAAGCCAUCGUUUGACAGAGGGCAAUAGAGUCGCUACAGAGAUGGAUGGGGCAAGAUACGCAGCAUGGUCUGACCAAGCUAAUAUGGGAAAUUUUGACUUGGAUGAUAUGAUUUAGAAUCAAUUAUUUUAAGUUAAGGUGUAUUUGACCUUAUGACCUCUCUAUUUGUAAAUAUGUAAUAAAGAUAUCGUCGAAAAGCAAUUUGGAAAACCAUACUUAAAUCAACCCGCGUUUUACUGUGGAUAUCAGAUCUAACCCAAAUCUUUGAUCUCACAUCCAACAUUGCCAGCAAUAACAACGGAAUGACACUGCUGUCAAAUGAAUUGUCUGAUAUCAAUAUUAAGAUAAUGUGAACGAUAUCAUCUUGCAUGUUACCUAUGAAUCAAAAAAAGGUUUUGGAAUGGAUAACUAGAACAAAUUCAUGCUGUCAGUUAAUAGGUACAGGGAUUUCAGCGACGUGGGGCAAGCCCUUUAAAGUUAUCCCAUAUUUCUUGACCUAUAUAUUUUGUAGCGAGUUUUGAGUCAGGCGGGAUUUAGUAUCCAAAAUCCAGAAAACUUACUGAGCGUAUUAUUAAACAAGGUAGACGAAAUCUUAUACAUUUAUCCAUACCUGAAUAGGAAUUUGAUUAACCCAUAAUCGCGCAUGUUUUGAUAAUACUUAUUUCCAUUUAUGCUCAAUAUUAUGCCGGUUUUUGUUUUACGAGUAAGUAAGAAUGCUCGUCUGUAAAUUUAUAUUUGAUUUGUAUAACUUUGUAGUAUGUUUUAAAUGAGAGUGGAAUAAAGAGUUGAAUUAAAUUAUUACUUAAAGCAGACCCUAAGGCCGACGGAAAUUUGUAAAUAGCUUAAGUAUCUCA